AUCGUUGGUAGUCUCGGUGUAUUCAUAAGAUCCUCGGCUCUAGAUUCAUACUUUGAAGGAGCUCAACGUUUCUGCUGCUCCGUGGAAUCCAACGGUAAAAAUUGAAAAAAAUGGAAACAUAUCAAUUCCCGCUGAACUCACUCAGGAACACAACCAGAUGCCCCCUUCGCCUCCAGCAAGCACGCAUGCCUUGGCAGACCACUCGGAGCGCUCAUCGCCAUCACCCACUACCCACCCAUUACGUAUAGGACCUCCUUCGCCUCAUUAUGCCGGCGGUAUCGAUAUUCCGCAGACUUCGCCAUGGCCACACUUCUCCACAUCCUCUUCUAUCUGGAAUGAAUCCACACCGUUUUCACCUCCAGAAUACCAUUUUCCUCGUACCCCUCGACCUUCUUUCUCAUCUGAGUCCACCAGCCAUCCAGGUUUUUUGCCAGAAGAUCAACUAUGGUCAAAGCAUGUUUUAGCCACUACACACGAGGAAGAAAAUGAGCCGGAGUCAGUGUCUCAUCCCCGCAUGCGUUCAAAGUCUUCUACCGCUGCCUUUGGCAUGAUGAUGGACGCAUCGCCUUUGGAUGCUAUUGGUCAGUCCAUAUGGAGCAGACAAUCCGAGACCAUGACUCCGCAUAGAAGGCGUUCAUCCACUUCCAUUGGCUGGCAUCCCAUGGCGACCACGCGAUCUCCACCUUCCAUCAACUCUAUGUAUAAUAGUUCGUCCUCCAUCCUGAAUCAAUCUCCUCUCUCUUCCACACUUCCUCCUCGAUCUGAUCAAUGGAUGGCACACCAGAGAUCAUCCACCAGCGAAUACAUGCCACCAGCGCCAUACCGUCGCCACUCAGUAGCAACCACCCCAUACAUGCUUCCUUCACAUCAACCUCAGGAUACCUAUCAGCUAACAGACCUGUUGGACAAGGUCCAUCUUGAUGAUCCGAACAAGACCGGCCUGUCGCACGACGUACUGGAAACCAUUCAUGGCUACUUUGAAAAUGAUAGACAGAGAACCCAAAUCUUCAACGAUAUGGGCAAAGGUAUCCCUCUAGAUCAAGUACCAGCAUCAGGGGCAUUGUAUAUGGUAGAAUUCAAAGCUGGGCGAUCGGACUUGUACUACGUAGCCGACACCAGUUCUUGCCCAGUUAAACAAGGAGACUUGGUCAUUGUAGAAGCUGACCGAGGAAAAGAUCUCGGCAAAAUCAUAGUGGAAAAUUUGACACCUGAAUACGUAGAAUCUUUAGCUAUACAGAAGGAGCAACAACAACAGCAACAAGAUGGAACAGGGGAAGAUGGUCAGGAUAGCAAGGAGCUACGACCUAAACAAAUAUAUCGAAAAGCUAUACCAGCUGAAAUCGCCAUGUUGCUAUCGAAAAGACAAGAUGAAAUCAAAGCUGUUAUGGUCUGCCAGACCAAGACCAGGCAAAAGCGACUGCCUAUGGAAGUUGUGGAUGCCGAAUUCCAAUGGGAUCGACGCAAACUGACAUUUUAUUUUGUCGCUGAGCGAAGAAUUGACUUUAGAGAACUUGUGCGUGAUUUGUUCAAAACAUAUAAGACUCGCAUUUGGAUGUGUGCCGUCAAUCCAUCUACAAACUCCAAUUAAAGACUCAAAGUCCUAGAGUACUAAACCGGCCAUUCCUUGCAAAGCCCUCAUCCGUUUAUCCUCUGUCGUACCACUUUUCAAGUUUGCGAUGAGAUGCAUAUGUAUACCACAGGAAGAUCUCGGGCUUUUAUAGUUUAGACUAUACUGUAGAUUGUGAUUGUAUAUGAUAGUUCCCCAUACCUUUGCUUUUUUUUUGUUCUCUCUUUUAUUGUAUUACAGUACUUUAUCAAUUACCAAAACACAAAGAAAUAACACGUCCUCCCCGAAUUUCUCAUCCA